AGUGAGCAAGAGCAACUUGAGAGUGCCUACAACAAACUAGAUUUGAAGUGAUACUCACCGACCCUGUGGAUGGAUUAACCAGGUGCUUGCUGCUGUUGCCCUGUGCUGCAAGUAGCUUUCAACAUCCACCCAAAACUCUCCUGCCCAUGCUAGCCCAUGGAGCUGAAGGAGACCACCCGUGAUCACUCAGGAGUGCACAAUUUGGCCUUCCAGGAGGAUGAAUACAUCAGUAUUGAGAGUGAUCUGCAUGAAAAAAAACGUGACUCAGUAGAUGAUGAGCAACCACCCUUGAAAGGGCAUUUAGAAAAGGAAUAUGAUAAAGCCUGUGAAUUCUGCAAGAAACAUAAAACCAGAAUUCACUAUGUGAUCUAUGGAAUUUUAAUAACAGCAUACUUGGCAGUAGUUAUUGCAGCGUGCAGCUUGAAUUUUCAGAGAGCCUUGCCACUCUUUAUCGUCACUGUCCUAGCCAUAUUCUUCAUCUGCUGGGAUUUUUUAAUAGCUAAGUAUGAAGACAGAAUUGCUGCAUUCUUUUCCCCUGGAGAAAGAUAUCUGGAGAAACAGUGGUUUUGGCUGAAAUGGGUGUUGUGUGCAGCUUUUAUUAUAGCUAUCAUCUGCUGGCUUGUCUUUGACACAGCAAAACAGGGAUCCCGCCAGCUGAUCUCCUUUGGUGGGCUUGUGCUGUAUGUUCUCUUGAUGUUUAUCUUUUCCAAAUAUCCAAGCAGAGUUGCUUGGAGACCAGUAUUUUCAGGAAUAGGAAUGCAGUUUAUUCUUGGGCUUCUUAUUCUGAGGACCAAAGUGGGGUUUGCUGUAUUUAACUGGCUAGGCAUUCAGAUACAGACUUUUCUGGAGUACUCUGACACAGGUGCUAAGUUUGUGUUCGGUGAGAAAUACAUGAAUCAUUUCUUUGCUUUUAAGGUCCUGCCAAUUGUGGUUUUCUUCAGCACAGUAAUGUCUAUGCUUUACCAUAUUGGAUUCAUGCAGUGGCUCAUUGGAAAGGUUGGUUGGAUAAUGCAGGUUUUCAUGGGGACAACUCCUGUUGAGUCUCUGGUAGCUGCGGGUAACAUAUUUGUGGGACAGACAGAGUCUCCUCUCCUGGUAGGGCCCUACUUACCAUACAUCACCAGAUCUGAACUCCAUGCAGUCAUGACAGCAGGAUUCUCAACUAUUGCUGGAAGUGUCUUAGGAGCAUAUAUUUCUUUUGGGGUUUCCGCCUCCCACCUACUGACUGCUUCUGUCAUGUCAGCACCAGCAUCAUUAGCCACCUCCAAACUAUUCUGGCCCGAAACUGAAAAGCCAACAGUAACUCUGAGGGGUGGCCUACAAAUGGCAAAAGGUGAAUCAAAGAACCUGCUGGAAGCAGCCAGUCAAGGUGCCUCUACCUCCAUCCUGCUGGUAGCAAACAUUGUCGUGAAUCUGAUCUCCUUCCUUGCCCUGCUGGCUUUCCUUGACUCAGCCCUCUCUUGGGUGGGCAAUCUGUUUGACUAUCCACAGCUGAACUUUGAGAACAUUUGUGCUUAUGUCUUCAUGCCAUUCUCUUUCAUGAUGGGGGUAGACUGGGAAGACAGUUUUAUUGUCGGUGGACUACUAGGUUAUAAAACUUUCUUCAAUGAAUUUGUGGCUUAUGAGCGCCUCUCAAAACUGAUUCACAACAGAAAAAAGGGUGGGAGCAUGUACAUUGAUGGUGUGAAACAGUAUAUGACUGUUCGCUCUGAAGUCAUUGCCACCUAUGGUCUUUGUGGAUUUGCCAAUUUCGGCUCCCUGGGACUGGUAAUAGGAGGCCUGUCAAGCAUUGCUCCCUCAAAAAAAAAGGAAAUAGCUGGUGGUGCUUUCAGAGCAAUGAUUGCAGGAACUGUUGCCUGUUUCAUGACAGCCUGUGUUGCAGGAAUGCUGACUGUCCCUGGUCUGGAAAUUCCUUGCCACAUCUUAUUAGGAAACACCUUCAACUCCACAGAUUUCCCUGCCAACGGCACAGAGGUAGUUGAAUGCUGCCAGCAGCUCUUUACCAGUGUAAACCAUUCGCAGGAGAUCUUCCCUGGAGGAAACUACAGCCUGAGUUCCUGGAAAGGAUGUUGCCAAAUACUGCAUCAACCUGCUUUUCAUUGCACUUGGAUUAAGUCUUAUUUGGGGGGUGGGGAUAGAUCAUAAAUAAGAGCUGUGUUCUUUGGUAGAAAUUUCCUUUUCCACAACAAUUGUGAACACCCCCACCCCCGCCCUUUAUUGUCCAUCUCUUACCAGCCCAGUUCCUCUGACUUGCUUGGAAUUACUCAUAAAUUAAACUAGGAUAAAUGCAAGACACCUCUUGCUGCAGAUGUCUUCUCCCAUUACAGAUCAGAAGAGGAGAACAUUUCUGAGCCUGAUACUCAUGAUUUCAUUUCUACCCUGAAACUGAUGAAUCUGUAGAAUUAAACUGCUGUAGGCAAGAACAAAAUCAGAUUCAGAGGAUUUUGAGUGUCAUUUACAGAAAGCUGUGAACUAGAAAUAAUAGUUAGAAUUGCCAUCCAUUCCUAAUACUAUUUCUGCUCUUUUUGAUACCAAAGAAGUGGUUUUACUGCACGAAGAUAAAUGACUCUGUUCUCAGAAAUCUCUGCACAUUUCUUCUGGUAACUGAGCUGCUAACAUGGGUGCACCUCACCAGCUUGGUCACUGAAGCACCCAAAUCAGGGACUAGCCACUGUGUGCCCUAGUCCCUGUCUUUCUGCCCCCAGAGGUAUCCAGGCCACAUCUUGAUCCAGGAGGUUGGCUCCUGUUUGGAGAUAACUCAUAUAAAUGGAAGUGUCCAAAAUCCAAAGAAAGUUUCCUGUAUCAAUUCUUCUCAAUCUUUGUUAUUAAUAAUUGUGAAAAUUGAGCCUGGAGUCACCAACCAGGAGCUCAGAGCAGUAUUCCUACCAGAAACAACAGAGCCAUGCUGCAAACCAAAUGUGGGUAAAAUCAGGUCACAAUCUUAACUACUCCCUGUGAAAGCAACAUUAAUAGAUCUUGAACACCUCUAGAAGAUCCUCUUGAAGACGAAAGUCUGUUAUGUUUUUAAGCUUCAGACCUUUCAUGACUCCAAAACUAAAAAGUUGUUUGCAGAUUGUUCUGCAAAAGAUUGCAAUAUAUAUAUUCCUAUCCUAUGACAUUGUUAAUGCCAAAGACUUGGAAAAAAAGCUAAGAACUGAAGUACAGGAACAAAAGUCCUGACAUACCUCCCAAAUAAAACUUGUGCAGAUAGAAAUUAACCAGUCUAUUCUGAUAAAACAAUAACUAACUUUUCAGUCUUCCAUUAAUUAUUGCAGAAUCUGUUCUGGGAAAUCCAGAUUCAUGAACUUAAAACAGCUGCCAGUACAGCUAUUUUCAGGGGGCAUUUAUUUGGACUUAUUGUAAAAGAUGCUAGUUUCCUGUA